AUGAGUUGGCGAUCACGAAUUGUGCAGGUAACUGGUGCAACCUCUGCCAGCAUCCUUCUUCAGUGUCUGGGCAGGAUUGUGUUAUAUUUUUCCUGUAUAUCAUCAACUUUGUAUUACCCUAGUAGUAUCAUUUUCUCAGCUGAGGUCGACUUCUAUACCAUCGGCCUUGAGAAUUGGGAGAACCUUGAUGGGCUCACAGAAAAGCCAUUCGGUCCCCAUAGAACAACUCAAUUAUUCGUAACGCUACAAAGAGGAUUUCUUAUAGAACUAAGAUCACGAAUUAACCAGAAAUCAAACACACUCUUUGGUUCGCUGAUCCAAGUUCUGGGAGACCGACCGCGCCCUGUGAAGACCCGCCUCGGUCAGUUCAAGAGCGAGAAGGAGGCAGUGCGGCAGUGCUUCCUCUUCAGCAAUCACCUGAUCGUGGCCACACGGACGUCGGGAGGAAAGCUCCACCUGGUCGCCAACGUGGGAAAAGUCCCUCUCAACGACGCCACGCUUAUCGAAGACCCGACUGAGCAGGUUACUCAGGACGACGAUGGCGAAUCUGCCUCCGUGUGCUCGCUUUCGUCCCAGAGUAGCGGAGUUAGCGAUAGUUCAGCUGCUACAAGUAGCGGUUCCGGCCCGGGCAAGAACUUCCCGGUGGAGCAAGCCAAUCUGGACUUUAAGAUCAUCGUGGAACAGAAGAGCGGAUCUCCCAUUACACUCCACCUGGUCGCGCCCACGAUGCAGGAGAAACAAGCUUGGAUCAGUGAUAUCAGCCAGUGCCUUGACAAUGUACACUUCAACAACCUCUUCAGGUCGUCAAUGUCAGACACGUCGUCCGUCACAAUGCCACACUUCAUCAAGAAUGACCCUAAGCUCUUCAAGGAUGACAUUGACAUUCGCUUCUCUAGGACCCUCAAUUCGUGCAAGGUCCCCCACAUCCGCUAUGCCACGCCCGAGAGGCUCCUGGAACGCCUGACGGACCUGCGCUUCCUCUCGAUCGAUUUCCUGAACACCUUCCUGCUCACCUACCGGGUAUUUACCGACGGCGUGACGGUGCUGGAGGCGCUGAAGAAGGUCUACUACAACCCGGACGUCCAUGAUCAGAUGGCUGAUUCGCGGGACUCGUCUGUGGAGAGGUCCCCCGAGUACGUAGCUUCGCCCCCGCCGGACUUCGACAGCGGAAGGAACUCCCCGAGAAGAACCUCCACCUUCAGCCCUUUCCCAGGUAUCGAAGAGGAACAGCGUGAGCAAGAGGAGCGUCGCGUCCGGGAGGAGUCCGACCCCCCCGCCGCGGCCCCACAGGGAAGCGCGGGAGGGUCCCAGGAGGGCCCCAACCUCCCCGUCAGUGCCCCCAACUCUCCGUUCAGCCCCAAGAAGGUCACCAUCCGGACGGACGACGACCCCAAGUACCUCACCAUCCCCAAGGGUCGCCGCGUCGCCGGCUCCACGUCCUCGGCUGAUACACUUAUUGGCGAUGAGAGCAUGAGUCAGCCGGACAGCCCGACGGACGCAUCCACCUCAACCCUGACGGGCGCGGGGCCUGCCCUCCAGGGCUUCUCCGACUGGAAGCUGCCCUUCGACAGCGAGCGAGUGUCCAGGACGCGCCGCCCUUCCAAGAUCCUGGACGUGAUCACCUCUCCGCCCCGUCCUGGCUCCGGGCCCCGGCGCUCGCUGCCGCCCAGGAUGUCCUCGCUCGAGGAGCACCGUCAGAUGGAGACCGUGACCUCAGGUUCAGAGGCCGAAGAUGAGCAGGACCCCGUGGCCGGGAUGGGCGCACGACGACGCUCCGCCGCCCGCUCCCACAGCGCCGCCCCGAGCACCUCCUCGCCAGGGUUCCUCCUCGUCGGGCCACGCGUCAGGGGCGCCAAGAGACUCAGCUGCGAGAGCGACACGGGCGGCCUGGCCUCCCCGCGCUCCAGCGUCCACACCGCCACUCCGAGGUCAUCCUUCCAGGUGCCAGACUCGCCCUCACACUCCGUGCCAAGGGUCGGGGUCGUCAUUACAUCCUCCCGACAGUCUCAGCGAAGGAGCAGCAGUGCCUCCGCAGCGGCCGCUUUUGCAGUGGCCACAGCGGGAUCCAGCAACCCGAGGGACAUCCCCAAGACUCCACCCCUCGGCAGGUUCUCCGUCGGGGGCGAGGGACGUCGCUCCUCCUUCAGGGAACGUCCAUCGCGACAGGAGUCCAUUAUCUCUACCGCUGCCACCAUGCGAGUCCUCAACGUCCUUCGCCACUGGGUCUCUAAGCAUUCCCAGGACUUCGAGACGGACUUGCGGCUGAAGACCCUCACGAUCGAGUUCCUGGACGAUCUGGUGUGCUGCCCGACCCUCCUGCCAGCUGAACACAAGGCCGCCUCGCAGUUACUCAGGUUACUCACCAAGGAGGAGCCAGCCAAUCCGCGAGUGGAUCUGAACACUCUCCUCGCCCCGCCCACCUUUUGUUUGGAGUCUGCCUGCCUGCACAUAGAACUCCUGAUGCUUGUGUUUCAGUACUUUAACAUAUGGAAGAAGAUGACCCCAAGCAAGGAGAGCAUCGAGACCCUGUCAGCGCUCGAGGUGGCCGAGCAGAUGACGUACAUCGACCAUCAGAUCUUCGUGGCCAUCAGGAGCGAAGAGUUCCUGAAGACCGCCUGGAUGAAGGACGACAAGCAGCAGAAGGCGCCAUAUAUCCUUCUGAUUACUCGGCGCUUCAACGAGGUGUCGCGUCUGGUGGCCUCGGAAAUCAUUCGAGGAGCUACCCUGGCCUCGCGCAUCGCCGUCAUCGAGAAGUGGGUGGCUGUGGCUGACAUCUGCCGUUGCCUCCAUAACUACAAUGGCGUUUUGCAGGUAUGCGCUGCCUUCCAGAACUCAUCCGUGUUCCGGCUAAAGAAAACAUGGGAGAAAGUGUCUAAAACGACACGCCAGACCCUCGAGAAGCUUCAGGCCCUCGUCUCCUCCGACGGCAGGUUCCGCAGCCUCCGCGACGCCCUCCACAGGUGCGACCCGCCUUGCAUCCCUUACCUGGGCAUGUACCUGACCGACCUCUCCUUCAUCGAGGAAGGCACGCCGAACUUCACAGAAGAUACGCUACUCAAUUUCUCCAAGAUGCGAAUGAUCGCCCACGUGAUCCGAGAGAUCCGUCACUUCCAGCAGACACCUUACAAGAUCGAGCACAACCCGCGCGUCACCGCCUACCUGCUGGACCCGAGCCUGCUCCUCAGCGACGACAACCUGUACCGGAUGUCCCUCGACCUGGAGCCCCGACGGUCAACGCUGACCCAUGUCAACGCGCCCCUCCUCACCGCCGCCACUUCCUCCGGCUCGUCGUCGAGUUCUUCCUCCUGACAGCGGCGGCGGACGGCAGGGGAGAUCUGGGUGAGCCUAUGAGGUCCGCCCCCCUGCAGCCGCAUAGCCGACCAGGGGGGGAAUAGUAGGUCUUUCGCCGCUCUAAAUCUCUUGGGACGCCUCGAAUGGCGCGUCCUCGCAGCCACGACUACGGCGGAAGGCGGUGGCAGCAGCGACCACCGUAACAAACGAUUGUGACGACAUCCAUUCAUGACCUUAACUAUGAUGAUACUACACGGAGACGUGGCGGCGGGUGGUGAUUCUUUGGAUCUCUAUGAUCAUCAGUCUCUCUUUAUACACAUUUAGCCAGACUUCCCUGCAGUGAGUAAUGGGGAAAUAAUUUUCGUCUAUGAUGGCGAAAAAUAAAAUGGCUUUUUCCCUUUGUAGUUACCUUGAAGAGAAAUGUUCUAAUAGCAUUUGAGAUUUUUUCGAUGGGCUUUUGAUUAUCUCAUAUCAACGACAGAUUGUCAUCGCGACAUUAUCCUCGGAAUUUGCUUAAGAUCUAUUCACAAUCACUUUGUAAGAGAUUCUAUAGUCAUACCUAGAAGAUUUUUCACAAGAUAUACACCCACAGCGUCACGUCUACGUCUUAACAUAACCCUAUUAAGACCACACCCUGACUCAACUUUUCCGAUUUAUAUUACCAGAUCAUUCUGUCUGACUGAAAGGAGUGACGAGAUUCCCUGGCUGAGUGUCGAGCCGUAGUAUCCACGCACCUCCCCACUAUCGUUUUCGUAUCCAUCUGGACGUCUACCUGAUAAUCAGUGCGAGGUAGCGUGGGAUGACAAAAUUCUACUGGAUUGUAGGUUGUCAUUCUACUACGAUGACGUUCUCAGAACUCUAGACAGUGGCUAAGCAGUGUUGUCACAAAGAGCUGUACAUGGAAAUUGCUGCUGACCCAGUAACGUCGUGAGGCCAAAGACCCAAGUUUAUGGUGUCUAGCUAUGCCGUAUUCUAUUACUCUCCGAUUCGCUACGCUGUGUUACUUUUCAUCCUCUCUAAUGUUGGUGUAAGUAGUCGCUGGGGAUGUAAAGUCGUCACGAGCCUCUAAAGACACUCGCAAAGGUCAGAGAAAUGUCCAACCUCUUCGUAUUGCCACUCGACGUUCAGUAUCGUUUCGAGAUCGACCAGUUGCUUUUAGCGUUUUAAAGCCAUGGAUGAUGCUGCGUUGGGCCAUUCUCAAAUUCAUGUCCUCCUGUAGGUUUUACUUGGCUGGACAGGAAUAUCCGUAUAUCGACGUUGUAUUAUACUUGUCCAAAAUAGUGUUUACUUAAUGCAUGGUGAAUAAUUGUAAAAUGAAGUUGCAUUUUCUGAUAUUCCGCAAUAUCUAAAGAUAUAUUUUUUCCAACUUUAGGGCUUAUUGAUGUCUUUUCUUAAUACAGUGGAUAUGCAUGUUUGUAAAUGCAUAAUCACACGUACCGAGAAUUACCAGGAGUGUGUUCCAUGUGGGUUAUAAAGUAGCAAUCAAGUGUCCUAACUUCUGUUGCUCACUCUCCCUUGCCUUGUUACUGUGCCUCUACUCUUAGCGGCGACGCUGCACACCCACCACUUGGCUGAUCUGCUUCCCUGGUUCAGGUCGGGUCAGCCAGACUUUCCAGGUCACUUGACCAAGUGUUUCCAUUAUCCCUUUACAACAUUUGGUACCGAUUUUAACAGCCUGCCGUUUUUCAUAAUCUGGUGGGUUGGCAGAGUGCCGUUCACUUAAUGCCACGGCCAACCAUUAGUACAGAGAACCUCAGGCCACCCACUGAUGUUUUUCAUUGGUUACGAGAAGGACCAGCUCCUCCCCCACGUGAGGACGCCCCGCCCUCUCUGCACACGACACCACAUCCAAGAAAUUGGUACUUCUGUAGUCUUGGCGGCAUUUAUAUAUGAAUUUACGUCGAAUUGCCAAUUUUUUCAGCAAUAUUUACAUAUAUACGUCUAUUUUAAUAUUCCGAUAUUCUAUAUGCUAAUGCCAUAUGACGUUACAUAAAUCAAUCGUAUGGCAAGGUCGCUGCUGCUUUUCAAAUUUUGGAGCUUUCUACCUCCGAACUUUUUCCCCGUUGAGUCUGGUCUGGCACAGUGCUUAUUACGAGUUGUGAAUAGCAAGUUCUCCUUGGAAUCUCCGCCGGGUUUUUGCAAUACUGGAGGUUUAUCACCAAGCUAGAACCCAGAUAUUCCCAGAUGCAGACUUGGUGUAUUCUUGUCUGAUUUACUUGCAGAUGUAAAACCUUCAUGGAGCUUUAGUUGGCCCGCCUGAUGUGGAAGAAACUGUGGAGAGAGGCUAAGCCAGUGUGAAGGGAUUAGUUUAUAGGUGUAGUUUUAUAUGAUAGGGAUGAUUAGAUGUUACUACCCGUUAGAUAAUCGUAGAGAAUUGUUCUUAAUACUUUUAUAUAGUAGUGUGUACCUGGAAAACCAUCUACUGUUGUGUUUGCUAAUAAUAACUCGGUCUGCCAAUCUUCAUUCCCGCCCCAGAUAGCAAGUUGGGCAACGUUUUCGCGACGAUGGGAGAACUUUGCAGUUAGCCUUCCUUUGUGUACUCUUAGACCUCGAUGCUCUUAGCAUUACAGUCCAUAAAGAUAGGAUAGACUGCAUUCAAGAUAUUUAUUGUACAUAUAUUUAUACAUUGAUAGUAUGGACAGACAGCAGAAGUUCCCUAGUUGAGAAGACAUCAUGUGCACAUUUUGGUGGCGUAGUCAGUGGGCCUUACGGUGGCCUAGUUUAGAGUAGGCCAGUAGAGGGCCAAGUUUAAGUAGCCUAGUGUGAAUAGCAGGCUGUGUAAUGGCCUGGUGUGAACAUUAGACUGUUUGAUGGCCAUGGGUAUAUUUGGUCUAUGGUGUACCAACCCGCUUCAAGCACAAACACUUGGAACACUGAGAAACAAAUGCCCACUUAGUUUAGAGUAAGGCCGGUAGGUGGCCUAGAGUAGACAGAAGGCCAUUAGGGGCCUAGAUUAACCUAGUAGAGUUCAGACAACCUUAGCGCACUAGGGAGUGUACCUUACGAUGCUUCAGCUUGAGUCUGUCUUUCACAUAUCAACAAGGCCGACCUCCCCCCCCCCUCCGACCUCAGCGUUCGAGUCGGAGCGUCGGCCAAACUCUCCGCCUCUUCCUGUGUCUAGAGUAUUAUUGUUUAGGAAAAUGACAUAAAUACAUAAUUGAAAUAAAAGCCUAAGAGUUGCAUCUAGAAACUUGCACAUUUGCCGUUUCUUGUUUGGAUUCAGCUUUAAGAGAUUUUUACCUAUAGUAAUUUCGUAUUUGCCAGUCAUGUUCAUGGUGUAUAACUUUAUAUACUGCACAAGAUACCAGCUGAAUGAUAGUAUGACACCUCUAAAUUCAAUUUGUUUCCAGUCUGUGUGAUCGUGUAUGUGUCUGUGUAUGUGUGUGUGUA